GUCGACAAUCUGCUCCUGCACGGAGACCCUCGUUCGUCUCCUUCUCCUGCAUCGUUCGUGUCUCCGAUAAGAAAUAUUCGAGAAACGCAAAGAGUACGAAGGAGCGUUCGUUCGUGAGAUAAAAAAAGAGAAAAAAGCAAAAAGAAAUAGAACAAAAAAGGCUAAGGGAGUAAAAGAUAAAAAAAGGAAGAUUUUUUGGAACGGGAAGAAAAAAGAACUGGACGAGAUCAUGUGUCCCGUCCGAUUGAAUUUUUUUUGAUAGAAGAUAAGACCGAGAGUAGAAAAAAGACGGGAUUAAAUUUAAGAAUGCGGUGAUCGAAUUCGUUGGAAAAAACGGAGAAGCCCUCCGGGCUUCUUAAAGGAUUUCUGGGAAGGAGCCCGGGCCGAGUCAGGCCGGUCCCGGUGCAAAGAUGUUGGUGCCGGCUGAGAUGCUGGCCGCUCAGUCGAAGAUGGUUUACCAGAUCAACAAGUACUUCGGGGAACGCGUGAUGGGUAGGAAGAGUCAAGUGGCAAAAACGAUUCAGGAAGUUUGCAGGGUUGUGCAGGAUGUACUUAAGGAAGUCGAGGUACAGGAGCCUCGUUUCAUCUCUUCUCUUACGGAUUACAACGGUCGAUUCGACGGUCUAGAUGUGAUCUCACCUACCGAGUUCGAGAUCGUCAUCUAUCUCAAUCAAAUGGGUGUAUUAAACUUCGUCGACGACGGCACGUUGCCUGGAUGUGCGGUGUUGAAACUCAGCGACGGUAGAAAGAGAUCGAUGUCACUUUGGGUAGAGUUCAUAACGGCGAGCGGAUACCUAUCAGCUAGAAAAAUUCGAUCGAGGUUUCAAACGUUGGUUGCCCAGGCUUGCGACAAGUGUGCCUAUAGGGACUCGGUCAAAAUGAUAGCAGACACGACGGAAGUUAAGUUACGGAUACGCGAGAGAUACAUCGUACAAAUCACGCCCGCGUUUAAGUGCGCCGGACUCUGGCCAAGAUCGGCCUCUCAUUGGCCAAUCGCACAUAUACCAUGGCCACAUCCGAAUAUCGUCGCGGAAGUUAAGGCAGAGGGUUUCGAUAUGCUCUCGAAGGAAUGUAUCGGACUUCAGGGAAAACAGUCGGCCAUGGAGGGCGAUGCCUGGGCGUUGUCCUUCAUCGAUGCUGAAAAUCGACUACUCCAAGGUGCUAGCAGAAAGCGUUGUCUGAGUAUUCUCAAGACCCUUAGGGAUCGACACCUUGAUUUACCGGGCAAUCCUGUCACCAGUUAUCACAUGAAGACAUUGUUACUUUACGAAUGUGAAAAGCACCCUCACGAGGCCGAAUGGGACGAGGCCUGUCUAGGCGAUCGAAUCAAUGGCAUUUUCUUACAACUUAUUUCCUGUCUCCAAUGUCGAAGAUGUCCUCACUACUUCCUACCUAACCUUGAUCUCUUCAAAGGGAAAUCACCUAGUGGCUUGGAAAACGCAGCUAAACAAGUCUGGAGACUAACGAGAGAAUUACUGACGAAUAGCCGAGCAUUGGAGAAGCUCUAGUUUACAAAAAAACAAAGAAGAGAAAAAUAUUCGAUCGUAAAUACAAUAUUAAAACGUUUUUAACGAUCGAUCGAUUCCUAGAAUCGACAUCGAACGCUAGUUUCUCAUUCACCGAGCGUUCUCAUCUUUCGGAGACAUCAACGACAAAAGAAAAAAAUAAAAACGUACCCAGUGAUUUUUGUGAUCGUGCAACGAACGGCUCGCGUUUACGAGUUAGUGCCAUAAUUAUCUACAUUGACGUUCCGUCUUAAAAAAAGCAAUUCGUUUCUUUCCUUUCGACGUACUUACUCCCUUUUUUCUACUUGCGCGGAGAAGCUGCCGUCGCUCGGAUGGAUCGCGUUUUCUCGUCUCUCUAAAAAGAAACGCGGAUUGGCCCUUUGUCGUUCGCGAUCAUCAUCUAUAAGAAACUCAAUAAGAUAGUGAAAAUGAGUGUGUCUAUUGACAAAAAGGAAAAGGAAUGAGAAAAUACGACGAAUUUUCAUGCUCUAUCAAAAUGUUACACGAUACAAAGGGUCAAUCGUUUUUCAUCGACUGUUUUGUUUCCCGCCGCUAUGUAAAUAAUAUUUGAAAGAUAUUUAUUAAACUGUGUAACGAAAUGUAAAAUACAGUACCUAUUUAUACGAAA